CUCCCUCUCAGAGAGAAUUCCUCCGUACCUGUCUGAACAGGGAGAGUCGGAGCACUGCAGGGCAGAAGAAAGAAAGAAGGGAAUCAAGAGAAAGAAAGUAGGAGGAACAUAAGGCGCACAUUUAAGGAGCACAAACAGGGAAGAGGUGUGUUUGAGACGAGGGUGAAGGUUUAUCGAGAUCUCAAGGCUUCAAGUUGUGCUUUUUUUUCUGAUCCCUGCUGGGCUGUUUUACAACUCUCUGAGACCAGUGGCUAUUUUGAUCUGGGAGUGUUGGAGCGGUUUGGGAUGGAUGCCAUCAUGCUGCAAGAAAAAUUGGUGGAACGGCUGCUGUGCCCACGAGUGAGAACCGCCAGGCAGAAGGAGAAACAGUAUGUGGGUUUUGCAACUCUACCAAACCAGGUCCACAGGAAGUCUGUGAAGAAAGGCUUCGAUUUUACACUGAUGGUGGCAGGAGAGUCGGGUAUGGGUAAAUCCACUCUGGUCAACAGCCUGUUCCUCACCGACCUCUACAAAGACAGGAAGUUACUGAAUGCUGAAGAGCGUAUCAACCAGACUGUGGAAAUUAUCAAACACACUGUGGACAUCGAGGAGAAAGGAGUCAAGCUCAAGCUGACCAUCGUUGACACGCCGGGGUUCGGAGACGCCGUCAACAACAACGAGUGCUGGAAGCCAAUCACUGACUACAUAGAUCAGCAGUUUGAGCAAUACUUCAGGGAUGAGAGCGGACUGAACAGAAAGAACAUCCAGGACAACAGAGUCCACUGCUGCCUAUACUUCAUCCCUCCGUUUGGCCACGGACUGCGUCCGGUGGAUGUUGAGUUCAUGAAGGCUCUGCAUGAAAAAGUGAACAUAAUCCCACUCAUCGCGAAAGCUGACUGCCUCACGCCCAACGAGAUAAAGAAGCUCAAAGACAGAAUACGAGAGGAAAUAGACAAGUUUGGGAUUAAAGUGUACCAGUUCCCUGAAUGCGACUCUGAUGAGGAUGAAGAGUUUAAACAGCUUGACAAAGAGCUGAAGGAGUGCACCCCCUUCGCUGUGAUCGGCAGUAACACGGUGGUGGAGGCGCGGGGGCAGAGAGUGAGAGGGAGGCUGUACCCAUGGGGGAUCGUUGAAGUGGAAAACCAGUCGCACUGUGACUUUGUGAAACUGAGGAACAUGCUGAUUCGUUCACACAUGCACGACCUCAAAGAUGUGACCUGUGACGUGCACUAUGAAAACUACAGAGCGCAGUGCAUACAGGAGAUGACCAGUAAACUGGCUCAGGACAACCGUAUGGAGAGUCCCAUCCCCAUCCUGCCACUGUCCACCCCGGAUGUAGAGACUGAGAAACUUAUCAGGCUAAAAGACGAGGAGCUAAAAAGGAUGCAGGAAAUGCUGAAUAAGAUGCAGCAGCAGAUGCACGACAAAGAGCAGUGAUGUCAGUCUGUGCUGCAGCGCCACCUGCCGUUCCUCCCCUGAACCGCAGUGAGACCUGCAGACAUUGAACAUGGGAGUCACGUGUUAUUGGCAGCUCCGGCUGUACAUUUAUCCUCAGUUUGGUGCUUUGUAUAGUUUGUCUGCCUGGAAGCUUGUUUGUCAGAGGACGGUUUUGUCUCUGAAACCAUCCGUUUGUCCACCUUGAGCCCCUUGCUGUGGUUAAACAGUCUUAACAUAUAUAAUAUAAUUGCGUAAUUUAAAUUACUACUAUCUGUAUCUAAUUUAUAAAUGCAAUGCUAAACUUUUUGGAUAUUUUGUCAGGGUAUGAUGUUUUGUAAAGAAAUUUAGUUUGUUGGUGAUGUUAACAUUUGAUGGAUAUUGUUUUUAUUAUAUAUUUGUGAGUGUGUGUGUGUGUGUGUGUGUGUGUGUGUGUGUGCGCGCGCGUGUGCGUGUGUAUUUCAUGAUAAUUCCUCCAGUUGUCCGUCCAUAUUACUCCCUUUUAACCCAGUGACUCUUACUCUUUUUCUUUUUUUUAUCCAACUUUUUCUCUUGUUAUUUUGCUCUCUGAUCCCCAUUUCCUGUGACAUUUAUCACAUAUGGCAAGUAAACAUAUCUUUGACUGAAAAUGCACUUAUUGCCAGUAACUGUGAAUGGAGGAUAAAGCCUUUGACAUAAUGAGAGGGUCGGUGCAGUGCAGGGAGCAUGUGCAAGCAUGUUGCCAUUACUCAUAUCUGCUAAAGGCAUUGGGCCUAUUUCUACUGCUUUAUAACCAAUGCUUAUACUAAAAAUACAUAAGUAUGCUUUGUUGCCGUUAUGGUAAAAAUAGACCAAUAAUAACAUAAAAUGAUAAAGAGGAGCAGCUGCUGUCUGUGCUUCUGUUCAAAAUCUCACUGAUUGAAAGUGACUUGAUGCAUUCUGCUAGUGAAGAUGUGUAUCCUAUGUGUGAGUGUCUUUGUAUGUGAGUGUGUGUGUGUGUGUGUGUGUGUGUGUGUGUGUGUGUGUGUGUGUGUGUGUGUGUGUGUGUGUGUAUGUAUGUGUGUGUGUGUGUGUGUGUGUGUGUGUGUGUGUGUGUUUGGGCUGAUGCUGGGAAACAGUUCAUAUUUUGCCUGAAGGCUGUAAGCUCAGCCUGUGCCCCAUUUAUAAAAGUGUGACAAAUAAACUUUAGUUUC